CACUAUGUAUGAAGUACAGUUUGAACAGGUUCUGGUAUUAAAUUCUCGAGCGUGACAGACGGUCACCACUACGUAACGGGUCACAAUUCGUUGGACGCAACACAUACGAGCCACUGUCCGUUAAUUUGAACGAUGGUGAAGAGCUCAAAGUUGCGCAUUGCUUUUAUCCACCCUGACUUGGGAAUCGGAGGAGCCGAAAGGCUGGUUGUAGAUGCUGCAUUGGGUUUACAAUCCCUGGGUCACUCUGUGGAUAUAUACACCUCUCAUCGUGACCAGCACCACUGCUUUGACGAGACAAGAGACGGAAGAUUGUCCGUCCAUCAUGUAAUUCCACCGCUACCUCGGUCCAUACAGGGAAAGUUUCAUAUCAUAUUUGCACAUGCAAGGCAGCUACAUCUCACAAUACACCUCAUGUGCACAUCAGCGCGUCAAUAUGACGUCCUCUUCGUUGAUCAACUCUCUACUUGCAUACCCUUCCUCCGAAUGUUUUGUGGGAAACGCGUUCUUCUUGCGAACGGUGCCUACGUAGAGGAUCAGCGGGGGAAGAAUGUCAGUAUCCUGAAAUACAUCUAUCGUUUCCCAAUGGAUUGGCUAGAGGAGGCGACUACGACACAGGCUGACCUGAUUCUCGCCAACUCAAAGUUCACUGCACGAGUAACCAAGUCGCACUUCUCUUCCCUUAGACACCAGCUGAAAGUCGUCUAUCCUGAUCCCGAUAUCCGUCAGGUCGCCUCACAACGGCGAACAUUAUUGUCCCUCAACCGGUUUGAAAUGAAGAAGAAUGCUGCUUUGGCAAUAGAAGCGUUUGCGAUACUGCGGAACAAGGAUCCGAGUACAUCAGACGUGAGGCUGGUUCUUGCUGAGGAUAAUAUACGCACCCUGAAAUCUCUCAUUGAGCUGGCGCAGUCCAAUGAUCUAACUUACAACGUCAUCACCUCGUUACAGUCCCGCGUGUCACGUUCAGGUCUACUGCAGGCUCAAUCUACACUCGCUCUAUUAUAUACCCCAGCUAACGAACACUUCGGAAUUGGACCAGUGGAAGGCAUGAUAUGUGGCCUGCCAGUACUUGCCUGCGACAGCGGUGGACCCACGGAGAGUAUCGUUGACCAGCCAGCAGAUCAAAGGACCGGAUGGCUCUGCCGUCCCCAGCCAUCGGUGUGGGCUGAAGCAUUGAAGGAAAUCUGUAAUCUCUCAGAGACAGAUAGGAAGGUGCUCUCACAGAGAAAUUGGGAUCGUGCCCAGAUGAUGUUUGGAAUGGAGGCGAUGGCGAAGUCCCUCGAGGAAGUUUUGGAAGAGGCGGUAUCUAUUGGACCAGUAGAUCCUCCUGGUACAAUGGCGAGUGCAGGGAUACUGUCGAUGAUGGCGAUAUUCUGCUUCCCGCUGGGGAAGUGA